CAUACAUACAAAUAAAAGAGUGUGUGUGUAUAUAUGUGAGUGAUAAAAGCUAUAGAGAAGUGUAAGGACUUGAAGAUGGUAGGGUCCACUGAAAUGCCAUUGGGAAAGUGAUCCUUGAGGAUAAAGUGCCCUGGACAGGCCGUACAGUCUGCUGUACACCUCAGCCCAUUGUGACAGUGUUUCUGGGGUUCUAGAGUGCAGGUCCAAGGUGGGCAGGAGAAGUCCUGAAGAAGGAGGAGGAGAAAAAGGACUGAAGCGGGAUUUAGUGGGUGGGCUGUGCCCCCCUGCAGGAGCCGAAAAUCCCGAUGGGUCAGAAGGGCCAUAAAGACUCCCUUUACCCUUGUGAGGGCAGGACUUCUGUGAGCAGCCUCCAUGAGGCCCUGGACCAGUGCAUGAUCGCCCUGGACCUCUUCCUCACCAACCAGUUCUCAGAAGCACUCAGCUACCUCAAGCCCAGAACCAAGGAGAGCAUGUACCACUCGCUGACAUAUGCCACCAUCCUGGAGAUGCAGGCCAUGAUGACUUUUGACCCUCAGGACAUCGUGCUGGCUGGCAACAUGAUGAAGGAGGCACAGAUGCUGUGUCAGAGGCACCGGAAGAAGUCCUCUGUAACAGACUCCUUUAGCAACCUGGUGCAUCGCCCCACGAUGGACCAGUUCACAGAAGAGGAAAUCCACGCUGAGGUCUGCUAUGCAGAGUGCCUGCUGCAGAGAGCAGCUCUGACCUUCCUGCAGGAUGAGAACAUGGUGAGCUUCAUCAAGGGCGGCAUCAAAGUUCGAAACAGCUACCAGACCUACAAGGAGCUGGACAGCCUUGUGCAGUCCUCACAAUACUGCAAGGGAGAAAACCACAGACACUUUGAAGGAGGUGUGAAGCUUGGUGUGGGAGCCUUCAACCUGACGCUGUCCAUGCUUCCUACCAGGAUCCUGCGGCUUCUGGAGUUUGUGGGAUUUUCAGGAAACAAGGACUACGGGCUGCUGCAGCUAGAGGAGGGAGCGUCCGGACACAGCUUCCGCGCUGUGCUCUGUGUCAUGCUGCUGCUCUGCUACCACACCUUCCUCACCUUUGUGCUUGGUACCGGGAAUGUCAACAUCGAGGAAGCAGAGAAGCUCUUGAAGCCCUACCUGAAGCGAUACCCUAAGGGGGCCAUCUUCCUGUUCUUCGCCGGGCGGAUCGAAGCCAUAAAAGGCAAUGUUGACACAGCCAUCCAGCGGUUCGAGGAGUGCUGUGAGGCCCAGCAGCACUGGAAGCAGUUCCACCACAUGUGCUACUGGGAGCUGAUGUGGUGCUUCACCUACAAGGGCCAGUGGAAGAUGGCCUACUUCUAUGCCGACCUGCUCAGCAAGGAGAACUCCUGGUCCAAGGCCACCUACAUCUACAUGAAGGCCGCCUACCUCAGCAUGUUUGGAAAGGAGGAUUACAAGCCGUUCGGGGAUGAUGAAGUGGAGUUGUUUAGAGCAGUGCCUGGCCUAAAGCUCAAGAUUGCUGGGAAAUCUCUACCUACAGAGAAGUUUGCUAUCCGGAAGUCCAGACGCUACCUCUCUCCCAAACCGAUCUCAUUGCCAAUCCCUGCUCUGGAAAUGAUGUACAUUUGGAAUGGCUACGCUGUGAUUGGGAAGCAGCCGGAACUCACAGACGGGAUACUUGGGAUUAUCACCAAGGCUGAAGAGAUGCUGGAAAAGGGUCCAGAGAAUGAGUACUCAGUGGAUGAUGAGUGCUUGGUGAAGCUGCUAAAAGGCCUCUGUCUGAAAUACCUGGGCCGUGUCCAGGAAGCUGAGGAGAAUUUCAGGAGCAUCUCUUCCAAUGAAAAGAAGAUUAAAUAUGACCACUACUUGAUCCCAAACGCCCUGCUGGAGCUGGCCCUACUGUUUAUGGAGCAAGGCAGAAACGAAGAGGCUGUCAAACUCUUGGAAACUGCCAAGCAAAACUACAAGAAUUACUCCAUGGAGUCAAGGACACAUUUUAGAAUCCAGGCAGCUAUACUCCAAGCCAAGUCUUCUCUAGAAAAUGGCAACAGAUCCAUGGUCUCAUCAGUGUCCUUGUAGUUUUAUGCAGCACUCCCAGGCUGGAAGACAGAGACAGCUGGACAGAGCUCCUGGAAACAUUUCAAAAAGAUCCCCUCCCCCUGCCCUACCUUUGGGGUCCACCGGUGCUCCAGGGAUGGCAUGACAUAGGUAUCCAUGCAGAAGGGAAGCCGGCAUUUUCACCAGUGUGGCCAAGGGCCUUUACCAAGGACAGAGCAGGUAGAGCCCUCUGCCUGCCCUAUUACACAUACGGGUACUUGUUUUUCACUGUGAUGUUUAAGAGAAUGUAUGAACAGUUUACAUUUUCCUUAGAAAUAUAUUAAUGGGAUCACAGUUGGCUAAAAAAACAAACACCACCACCUGUAAAUCUUUGUUUUAACCCACACUGAUCUGGAGGUAAACCUAUUUAUGAUACUUUUCAAAAUUCAGCAAUGUCUCCACUUCCAGGGCCAGAAGGGCCAUCAGGGCUUCUGAGGGUUGGGUGUAGAGGUUGCACACUGACACCCACUACCUUACUACUUACUCUUCAUUUCCACUCCCUUAGUCACUAUCCAAUUUAAAACAAAAUUGAAUGGAAAUUACUUCACUAAAAAGACACUUGAGUUCUUCUGUAGGAAAAAGAGAAAAAAGUCAAUCUUUAUCGGUAAGAAAUGGGAGUUGCUGAGGCCUCACAGAAGGGGGGCUGUGUGGCCCUUUCUAUGCCAAAGCCAAGAGGGAAGGUUCUCAGACACCAGUCCACAUCCUCACUGUAUGCCACACUGAAACUAGGAGUAAUUUACAAAACAAGAUUCUUUUGUACUUCACUAUGAGGUACAUUUUAUUUACUGACAACAUUUUUCUUAGAAUGGUUAUUCCUGGCCUGUUGUGUAUGUUUUAGAUUUUUCAUUUAAGAGAAAGGAGAUAUUUAAGUAAUAAAACAUAUACUUAAGAGAUCAUGCAACAUUUAUUUCAGUAAAAUGUGUUGCUUGAAUUCUUGGGCAAGGCAGAAGGUCUGAUCAGAAGCCAUAUGGCCCAGGUAUGUUUUAUUUAGACAACAUGAUGCCUUAAAUGUUUUUAAAAUAACUUAACAUUUAAAAAUGGGGAGAUUUCACAAAUAAAUCUGGUUUCUGGACUCUUAUUUAAGAAGAAAAUCUAAUCUGGUGACAUUGGGCUCAUCCCUAUAAGACAAUAAGGUAAUCAGUUGGAACUGGGUAGAGGCUACUCUAAACACUUACAUUACCCUUCUGUCCCUAAAAGCAUCUGAAUUUUCAAACUCUGGGGCUGUUACAGUAAAAACUCAGUGGCCAGACACCAAGCUUACCAUUCACAGCCUAAUGACAGCAUACGAUUUCCCUGAAGGAAAAAAAUCAUGUAUAUAGUAAAUAUGCAUCUGUGAAAUGUGACUCCUAAAAUACAUGAAUGCAAUUUCUGUAAAGGAAAGAACCACAAACAACUUUAACAAUCUUCCAGCAUUGCUGGAUUUUUAGCAAACUUCUGAAUUUGCCACGGGCUGGGUAGAUUAAUCUAUUAACAUUUUCAACUAGCUUUCUGUGAAGUCACAGGUUUUAAGUAAAGCAAUAUUCUCAUUAGGAAAACAAAGCAGGAAACCCUCAAUCAAGAUCUUUUGCACUUAGGGCAUAAAUGCUAUUAAAAAUUUUUCUCAUUAGACUACACCCAAGAAUGCUCUCCACCGACAGCAAGCCCUCUGUAAGCUUGCUCUCUAAAGCCUGUAUUCUGGGAGACCAGCCUCUUCUAGGUUGUUAGGCAGGGCAGGGUGAGAGGAAUGACUAGAACCAGGCUGCUGAAUAAGGGUGGCCUUCUGUGGUUCCUUCACAUAUUGGAAGGCUAAUACCUACUGCUGUAUUUAAAAAAAACAAAACAACAACAAAAAAAAAACCCAGAAAAAAACAGCACACAGGAUAUACCAAGCACAGCUUGCAAAAUUGGAGUUAGCAAAAAAACUUUUCUUUAAACAUUCAUUAUAGGCACUUUUAUUUUAAAAAAAUUUAUGCCAGGAUGGUUUCCUUGUCAAUGUUAUUACUGAUUUCCUGCUGGGCUUCAUUAAUUAGCUUAUGUCACCUUACCUCUGUCUUGUCACAGCUACAGUCUGGCUGGUAAGAGCAAUCAGUGGGUUUUGUCUCCUUUAUCCCCCCUGCAGCUUGAGAUAGUCUAUUAAAAACAUGUUUGUGAAAUUGGGUGAAAAUGUCAGGUGUCUAACAUCGUAUCCUUGUGUGGAAGCUUUGAAGGUGAAAAUUCUGUCCUGGGCUUCUUGUUCUAUCUUCUUUUAGCCAUUUCUGGUUGUUAAUUCUCUUAAUAGUACAGAGCUUUCCAGCACAUAUGCCCUGGAGAGGCAACUAUCAGGUGGAGAAUCCUGGCCUAGAAGUAAGGAGGCCUGAAUUUCUAGUCCCUGCUUUAUUACUAAUUUUCAUAAGUAACCUUGGGAAAGUUAUGGGCCUGCUCAAAAAUUAAUAAUUUGCACUAGAUUAAGGCUCUUUCCUGCUGUCAGUGGUUCUGAUUCUGACUCUGGUCAACUAUAUUUUUGGAUUUUCAUAUCCAGAGUAAGACAAGAGAUAGACACCUCCCUACAUUUUGCCAAAGCCUUAUAUACCUAAGCAACUCAACCAGAAAUUAUAGGCUUUCUCAAUCAAAGGUCUCUAUAGUAGCCCAGCACACUUGGAGAGCAAAUAUCUUCAUUUGGGUAAAGUCUAAAACCCUAUUACACAGAAGAAUCCACCAUUAAGAAGCAGCAACUGUGUAACAUGAUCUAAAUAGAACCUCAACAAAGGAAAGUCUACCUCUGCCUCUCACUGGUCACAGGCCCUUAGACUUACAGGGUGGCUGCCAGCAGUGUGCUGGUCCCUAUCAGCUCUCCCAUGUGUUGGCAGGAUUCCCUACUCCUUAUCUCUCAAGUCAGAAUGGGAGUGUUUCCAAGACAGCUUUCGUCAUUCACAGCAAAAAGUCAUAACCUGACACCAAAGCCAGGACCCUCAAAGGCCAAUGCCAACACAAGACUUGGCUGAGGCCCAGGUGGACGAGUUCCAGCAACUGAAGAACAGCACCAGGAGGUUUUCAGAAAGCCUCAGCCUGCUGAGUGCUUGAAUCAUGGAGAAAAAAAAAAA